CCCAAGAGCUUGGAGCAUUAUCUUAGUCAGGAGGAACCUCGGCUGCUCGUCCAUCUGAGGAGCAUUGGGGCUCUGCCUCUGCUGCCUUACAGCCUGUGGUUCAAGCGCUGCUUUGCUGGCUGCCUGCCUGAAUCCAGCCUGCAGAGGGUGUGGGACAAAGUGAUCAGUGGCUCCUGUAAGAUCCUGGUUUUUGUAGCCCUGGAGAUCUUGCUCAGCUAUAAAAUCAUGUUGAUGGGCAACACCCGACCGGAGGGAGUGGUUAAGUUCCUGUGUAAUGUGAGUAAAAUAAUAGAUAUAUGCUGUUGGUAUUAAAUGGGAAAUCUAAAG